GUGAAACCAAACCCGAGCAGCAGGUCACAGAGUACAGUUAUUUUAAAACCAAUAUUCAACUACCUCGACAGGAACAUGGAAGUAGCAGCGAACGGACAGUUGACAGAAAUACUCGUCGCUUUGAAAGAUGCAGAGUAAAAUGAGGGAACGCCACUAUGCUCGUUUAAUGUGUAUUGUUGUUCGGCUGCUUGUGCGUCUCCAAUGUCUCUGCCCGUAGUUCUGCCUGGAUCUUGUUGUCGUUUAUCGGGGGCGGCGUUGGCCCAUCAGUUUGCAGACGCAUCUUACAGAAGUCGUAGCCGCUGUGUGUCCGUCCUUCCGUCAUCCCGUAUGUCUGGAUCUCAGACGCGGAUCAUCCCGGCGCUGCUGCCCGCUCGCCCUCUGCUCUCGCUCGGCUUGCUGCAGCUGGUUCUCGGCUGCUCCAUGGUGGCGCUCUCUUUCGGGGCUCUGUCCCUUAGCAACUCGCCCCCUAUUAGAAACUCCUGUCCGUUUUGGGCCGGAUCAUCUGUCAUCCUGUCUGGGAUUAUAGGGCUGACCACAUGGAAACGACCAAUGCUGCUGUUGGUAAAUCUGUUUGUAUUGCUGUCAGUGGUCUGCAUCCUGCUUAACCUGGCAGGGUUCAUCCUGUGCUGUCAGGGGGCUCAGUUGGUUUCCAGUACCAUUAACUGUCAACUGAGUGAACACGGUGAUCUCUGUUACUGUUGUGCUGAGACGCCAAGCAGUCAGUGCCAAGAAGAGAAGCUGGUAAAGAUCUACGCUGGCCACGCAUGUGGCACAAUGAGAAUCCUGCUCAAGAAAGUGCUUUUUGCAUUGUGUGCGCUCAAUGCUCUGGCCACAGCUGUGUGUCUGGUUGCUGCUGCGCUCAGAUAUCUCCAGAUCUUCUCAACCCGACGGCCCUGCAUGGAAGAGGCCCGGCCAGUUCAAGAGGAAGUAGCGGAGCAGACUCAUCUUCCUGACCCUGACGAGUUUGUCGCCCCUGCACCUCCUCCUUCAUACUUUUCCACCUUCUACUCUUACACCCCACGCUUGGCUCGCAGGAUGUUUGGUGACAGUAUGAUUCCUCUUCCUCAUAUAUAUGGUGCCAGGAUUAAAGGAGUGGAGGUCUUCUGUCCUUUAGAUCCUCCUCCACCUUAUGAAGCUGUAGCUUCACAGCCAACAGCACAGGCCCAGAACACCGAGGUGCAAAUGUCUGAUCUGACUGAGGUUCUCACAGAGUGCACAGAAACAGAGACGGUGACACCUAUCGACCAAGAAAGAUGCUGUCAGACCACCACACUGAGCCCCACACCACCUAUGCAGUCCAGACAGCCUCACACUGCAGUUCUCUCCAGCAGAAGACCCCAAAGACCCCGCCUCCGCAGGUCCACCAGUGAUCCUGUCCUACUGGACCUGAAUGCCCAAGUAAUGAGUUGUGAAGCAGCUACACAGACAGAGUUAGGCCCUGGCCUAGCUCCUGGAUCAGUGAUUGGAACACAGCAAGAGAAGGUUACGUUACGACGAGGGCGUGGCAAACGGAAGCCACGCCCAAACUCCCUGGUGGACUACCAGAGCUACAGAGACACAAAACUGCUGGUGGCUCGUUUUCUGGAGCAGUCCUCCUGCAGCUUGACUCCUGAGGUGCAGGAGCUGGUCAACAGCAUUAAAACCGUGCUGCGCUCUGAUGAGGAACACAUGGAGGAGGCCGUUCGCUGUGCCAGCUUUAUUGACCAGGCCAUCACUGUUUCAGAGGUUGCACCAGUGCAACCCACCCUUGACAGGGAGACACAGAUGGAGCCCACCUCCAACACGCUGCCUCUGCGCAAGCGGCCAGGCAUCCUUCACCUGCGCAGCUGCGGGGAUCUCAGUUCAUUUACAUGGGCAGAGCUGAAAGCAGUGCCAGAGCGCAGACCUGGAACCCAUACAGCCUCCUAUUCUCGAACAAACUCAAGGAUGGGCUCUCGGGCAGGAUCACGCCGCCUGGAACAUGAGCGACCACACAGCCUUAUAGGAAUCUUCAGAGAAACUGUCCUCUGAGUCACAGAACGUCACACACAGACUGUAUUCGAGUGGAAGUGGGAUGAAAUAGACUGUGCCCCACCUUGAUGCAGGUAUAGUGAACACAACAACAUGACGGAAUCUAAGCUUUGUAUGCAGUGCAAUCGAUUUUACCCAAAAAAUGAAAAUGUAAGUUUUUUUCAAAACAUCAUUUAUGAGUACACUGUUCCUUUAAUUUCUAAAGCACGUCUAUUUGUGGUGUCAGCAUGUAUAAUUUUCAGUUUAUAAAUUUUUCAUGUAGCUGUGGUGUGUUGGAAUUCCAGCAUUUACUGUUGAAUAAAAACACUGGAAAAUAAAACAGUUUUAUUAACCAAAUUUCCAAGUUAAUUAUUUAAAAAUCAGAGUGACAUUUAAAAAUGGACUAUGUAAACAUACAAUAUUAACAACCAUUAUAUACUGUGUGUAUGUGUGUGUGUGUGUGUGUGUGUGUGUGUGUAUAUAUAUAUAUAUAUAAAAUCACCUAUCUUUUGGCUAAAAAUGUAUGGCCUUAUUUGCCUUGGUGUGCUAUGAAGGAAUACGGAUCGCUGAUUGAAUCAGCAUAUUGUGAGAAUUUGUUUAAUUUUUUACUUUCUACUAAAUGUGUCCUUAAAAUGUCUUUUUUGCAUUAUUACUGAAUUUGAAAUGGCUCAUCUGCCAUCUUGAUAUUACAAGAACUCACCCAAGAUUAAACAUGGUUUUAAUGCAACUGUCUUUUUGUAAAAAAGUGACACAUUUUUCAACUGACAGUUAUGAAUGAAAGUGCAGAAUAAACAGUUUUCUAACAAAAUCUUUAAACUUUUAAGUGUUUAAUUAUAUAUCCUUGCAUAUUAUACAGUAUAUCACAUUGUCUGUUGUUGUGGGCGAGUUCACAACAGCAACGGUUUUGAAUGUGAUGAUGUGAUGGACAGGAACUGUCUUAGAAGAGAUUCAUGCUGACAUUUGCUGUGUGCGGCAUUAAAGAGGCAAUCUAGGUUUGUACACUCUCAGUAGUUAAUUUAAUGUUGUAAAUACUGUUACAAACAUUCCUGCUAUGGUAAAGAAGUGUGUCUAAAUAGUUUAAUCACAGAAAAGCUAGCAAAUAAAUAAAUAUUGCUUACAGAAAGUGUGUAUUUUUGCUUCAGACAUUGACAAACAUAUAACUGUAAUUACAUUCAGAGCAAGUGCAUUAUAUAAAUACUAGUCAAGCCCACAAUUUCUUUCCUACUAUAAAACGAACCACAAACUUUGCUGAGGCCUUUUUAAUUCUACAGUCUUGAGGUGGGAAUCUCCAUUUAAUCCAUCCUAUACUUGGCACACCCUGUUUUACAUAUUUACAUUGAUAUUUGUACUUGGUGUCAUUUUAAUAAAACAUUAAGCCACUUG